CAGGUGCACGCUCAAGAGCAGGACAGAGUGCGCAGAGAGCGAGCACCGGCCGAAGCGCAGUCGGUGACAUGCAGCGCUGAUGAUACACUGAGUCGACGAGACAGCAGCGGCAGCAGCAGCGCUCGCUCGAGAUAUACCGACCGGAGGCUGCACGACAAAGGCCGAGCUCUGGAGUUCGAGGGGCAACGGCUUCGACAGGAGCAGCAGGAGGCCGCGGCCGGUGCUCAGCAGCAUCAGCAGCAUCAGCAGCAACAGCAGCAGCAGCAGCAGCAGCAGCAUCAGGCGGCAGCAGCAGCGGCAGCAGCGCAGCAAGCCGUCGAACUGUUUCAUAGGCGCCACUGGAGCCGCAUCAACCAGGAGUCCUCGGCCUACCUCGAGCAAAUCCAGCUGCAGCAGCAGCAGCAGGAGCAGCUUCUCCGGGCGGGGGUGGAGGUCGGCAGCGGCCUCGCGCCGGGCGUUGGUAGCCAGGAGCUGGAGAGGAACGUGCAGAGGCUGACGGCGCGCUCCGUGCAGGCGGCGGUCUUGGCGGCGGCGGCGGCUGCAGCGGCUGGCCGUGCAGUCCUGGAGCAGCAGCCGGGCAGCGCUAUCGCCAUCCAGCAGCAGCAGCAGCAGCAGCACCUCCAGCAGCAACUUCAGCAGCAGCAGCAGCAGCAGCAGCAGCUGAGCCUGCAGCAGCAGCAGACCCGGGGCGGAAGCUUCGCGGCCGGCGUGAGCUUCGCCGCGACGACGAUAGCGACGACCAUAGCGCCGCCGGCCCUGAAACGAGCGAGGCGGGACACGUCCCUUGACGAGGGCUCAUCGCCGCCGCCCGCCUCGACGGCCUGCGUCAGCACCUCGACCACGGCUGCGAGCAGCAGCGCUAGCCCCCAGCAGCAGCAGCAAGCAGCAGUCAAGCUGAACGCCCAGGGCAUAGCGAGCAACGGCUCAGCGGGCCCGCUUGUACCCGUGACAAGCGAGCACCAGCAGCAGCAACAGCAGCUAGUCGUCAUGGACGCCCCGCUCUCCCAGAGCAUGGACUCGGUCAACACCGUGGCCACCAGUGAGGACGAGGUGCGCACCUUGUUCGUCAGUGGCUUGCCAAUGGAUGCCAAGCCGAGGGAGCUCUAUCUUCUUUUCAGAGCGUACGAGGGCUACGAAGGCUCUCUGUUGAAAGUCACGAACAAAAAUGGAAAAACAGCCUCGCCGGUGGGCUUCGUGACUUUUCACACGAGAUCCGAGGCCGAGGCUGCGAAGCAUGACCUACAGGGUGUUAGAUUCGAUCCUGAUAUGCCACAAACCAUACGUUUGGAAUUUGCAAAAAGUAACACAAAGGUUAGCAAACCCAAGCAACCAGCCGCUGCAGCAGCCACCUCGCACCCCGCUCUGAUGCACCCUCUAACUGGACCGCUAGGAAGCCCAUUCUUCCCAGGGGGACCUGAACUAUGGCACCAUCCACUGGCGUACUCAACGGCGGGAGAGCUGCCCGGGACCUUACAACACGCGGCCCUCGUCCAUCCCGCGUUACAUCCACAGGUCCCCCAAGCAUCAAUGUCCCUGCCGCAUCCGACGACCCUGACGUCGCUGCACGCCUCGCUGCCGCACUUCUUACCCUCGCCGGCCCUGGCCUCGCCGGUCGGCUCGUCGUCCUCGCAGCCGAGCAUCGCCGUUAGCAACGCGCCCUGCUCCACCCUCUUCGUCGCCAACCUCGGCCAGUUCGUCUCCGAACACGAGCUCAAGGAGAUCUUCAACAGUUUUCCUGGUUUCUGUCGGCUUCGUAUGCACACAAAAGGCGGCUCGCCGGUGGCUUUUGUUGAGUACCAAGACGUGCGCUACGCGGCCCAAGCUAUGGCCACGCUCCAGGGAUCCCUCCUGGUCUCCUCCGACCGAGGAGCCAUAAGAAUCGAAUAUGCAAAGUCGAAAAUGGCCGAGGUGGGCUUUACAAAUCUCUGGAUGGAAGGAUCCAAGGGAGAAGAAAACGGGCAACCUUAAGAUCGACAUCAACGGCAUGUGAGGUCAACGUAACGCGAAAUUCACCGAGUCCUAUCCAGAGAUCUCCGAGACAGCCUCGCCAAAGACGACGCGGAGAGCAGACGACCCAAAUCCAACGAUGCUGCAGCAGCAUCUCGGAGGAAUUUCUAGCGCCCGAUGCGCUUGAAAAGCUCGAUACGAGAAACGGCAACAACAACAACAACAGCAACGGCAGCGGCAAGGCAGGGGAUACAGCUCGAGGCCUCCAGGCUUAUUGUUUUUAAUUUCGUUCUCGUACAUACAUCUGUCCGCGACCGGCAGAGACGCGACGCAAGCUAUAUCUUCGAUUUUUCGUUCCUUACUUUUAUUUCUCUUAUGUUUACGCGUGCGUUCGAGCCUCUAGAUUUCGUUCGACGUAUUGUACACGCACGUUCACCCGCAUCUACUUAUAACCGAGACUUGCGUCGAGCGACUAUGAUUUUCGUUUUGUAAUUCUUAUAUAUACUAUACUGCGACUGUGUACUAACCAGGCGGUCAGGGCGAUCCUCCCUCGCGGAGGAUCCUCAUCUCGGCAAUCGCAUACACAACUGACCAACGGUAAAACGUAUAAUAUACACGAGAGUUUAGGCGACGGAGUACAUUAGAUAAGCGAUGAAUAUACAACAUAUCACGGGGAACGAAAAUGAAAGUAUAUGAUGAAAGUACGACGAGUAAAAAGAAGCAGGGUGCAAGUAAAAAAACGAUGAAAGUAAAAAAUAAACACGGAACGAAUGAAAGUACAUAAGCGAGAGAAAUGUAACGAGAUGAAAGUAAAGUGUAAACGCGUAAGGAUAUAAAGUAAAAAAAAAUUAUGAAACGGGGCCUUCGAGUCGUGCGCGCGCGCCGUUUUCACCCCGAGUCGGCGCGUGGGCCACACAUCGUAACGUGAGUUUAAGAAGAUACGUCGGAGAGUAAGAAAAAAAAAUAAUAAUAACACGUAAUAAUCGUUAUGUCGCGAGGCUCGAUCGAGCCGAGAGCUGUUUAACUGCGAUCUCGCGCGAGCAAAAAAUUUCGUUGGUCGUAAUGAAUGUAAAAAGGCACUGUUAAGGUCACGAAGACACACACAUACACAUAUCACACGCAAUUAAACGAAUAUUACCUUUUGUAAGAUCGCGUCGAAACGAACGACGGAGCACAGAGCUGCGGGAGCCGACGCGACCGUCGUAUACGGAGAGAGUAGAGGCGGCUAGUUGUACGAAUUAUCGUUCAUGUAGGCGUCUUGCUCCGUACGCUCGCGGUCGGAUCGAGCGAACGAUGAUACACGGGAGAGGAGUGCGUUGUAUACUAGAGACAAAAAACUAGCUGCGAGUCGAGUUCGAGGCGAUCGUUGAUAAAAGGAACGUUAGCGUCGAAGCGCUGUUUAAACUAGUUGGAGAGGCGAACAUCAAGCUUAAUACCAAAGGUGCCCUAAGAAAAAUAAAAAAAAUAACAAGUAUUUAACGUUUUAUCGCGUCUUGUUAAGAGAGAGAGAGAGAGAGAGAGAGAGAGAGAGAGAGAGAGAGAGAGCGACGUGAAAUCUCAUUAAUGUCCUAGUGAAGGGUUCGGUCGGGGUAGGCUUAUUUAAGAUUGAAAGUAAAAACAAAGAGAGAGAGAGAAAGACACGAGGAUGAGGACUACGAAUAGUAUAUCUGCAUAUUGUGGAGCGAGAAUUCUGGCGCGCGGGGGGUGGGGCAAUUAUAUACGACGUAGGGAUAUUAUACAAGUAUAGGUGACAGACGGGACGGGGAGGGGAACGAUCUUCAGCAUCAGGGGAAGUAUAAUUGAGUGUGCAAGGAGGUGGAGAAAUACAAUUAUGAUAUUACUAUGUAAACGAAUGCGAACAUAUCAUAGGCUUAAGUCUUUAGCGAGAAUUGUAUAAGUGCAUAUACUUAUUUAUCGUACGUAUAUUGUCAUAGGCGACUUAUAUGCUAAAAGCAACAAACUGAGAGUGCGAACUACGCGGCUCGGCUGUAUCACAUGUAUGUCUACGUAUCUGCGCAGUAAUAGCUUUGCGCGCGCACUCGUCCCGCUGCGGUCUCGUGUCUUUGCGUAUAUAUAUUGUACACGAAAGAGUACGCACACGUAUACAUACGGGCACCCGAACACUGAGCGAUUGGAUAUGCGCGAACAUGGUUUUUCUUCAGCUCUUUAUACGAUUUGAAAAUAAUAUACAAGGACGGUCUCGACGUACUCCAGCAUCACACUCGACGCAAUUUUCGAUGUUCCUAAUAUAAACCUGCACGUGCGCGCGCAGAGAGACACACACAACGAGGCGUUUCUCGUUCGCGGAGACUGACCACUCGAUUUUCUAUUAUUGCCACGCAAAAGCAAAACGCGGAAGUUUAGUAGGUUUCGUUUGUCCGUCCCUCGUACUUGCUAUCAUUUGAGACGAUGAUGAUUUUCCGGCAAGUCAGGAUAUUAUACUAUAGCUAUGAUAAAUAGUAAAAGGCGCGUGAGAAUCUGAGCAUGUGAAAUUCGCACGAAAUCACGAGAUAUUUAUAAAGUAUGUGAAGUAAUUAACGAAAAACGAAGCUCGAAAUUAAAGUUAUAUUUUUCUACGCGAACUGUAACUCAUAUGUAAACUAUCUAGCCGUCGCACGAGUAUACUUAACCACGCAAACACACGAGAGAGAGAGAGAGAGAGAGAGAGAGAGAGAGCGAGACAAAGCGCACGAGACUGCAGCGCGCGCGAGAGCGCGAGAAAGCAGCUAGAAGAAAGAAAGAUCUGUCUCUAAUCGCGGCGAGGAAUCAUCGCGGCGAUCGUCAAGCGGGCAGCCGCGUAAAGUCCGAAAAGCCUCUAAAGGGACUCUCAACCUUUUUUCUCUUUCUCUUCUCCCUUUUUGUUUCGUGCGCACUGCACGACGCGAGGUGCACCACAACGGCGCGAGCGCGAGUUCAACGACCGGUCGAAUUCAAACGUGACUACUUCGCGCCGCGACUCUCCCGCCGUCGUUGCAUCUGUACACACACAAAACGCUCUCUGUGCACAGGAGGAAAAAAGCGGCCAGCGGCCGAGAGAAUGAGAUGAAUCGAUUACGAGCGAUUUCGAGUUAGAUUUUAAUUGGUCGCCUCGAGGCGUUGCGAUAGCAAUAUUACGUAGGUCCGCGGGAAAAGAGCGUCAAUUACAUCACUGUGUCGUACGUUUUUUUACAGCAGCGCACUCGAAGGGCAGCGAUUCUCACACGAAAUUAAAAACGAGCGCAGGAGAUUUCGUUCGGAUUCAGCUCACGUGUGUACCUACACCUCUAUGCUCGCGGAGAGAAAAAAAGAGUGACAGUUACGGGAAUUAUUUCCGAGCGCGCUGUGGCCGUGUAAUAAAGGAGACGAGUGGAGAGAGCGAGAAAAGGGGCAGCGAGAGCAGCGGUGGAGAGAAAGGAAGAGACGCGCGCGCGGCGAAAGAGCGCUCGCGAGGGAGAAAAGAAAGAGAAGCGCGACGAAACGACGACGGCCAACUCGGCACGUAAUCUCGCCCAAGUGCCUUUACCCCGUUGGUCGAGUCAUGCUCUUUCUCUCCGCGACUCCGCUGCCCCUUUCCUCCUCGCGAGCGUCGCACUAUGCCGCGGUAUACCUGCGCGGAGACGAAAAGUUGAGCGCGCGUUUCGUGCACCGAAAACUACCUACGCGCUGCGUCCACUCUAUAUCGCGGCCCGGGGAUCGCGUGAGAAAGUCGCGGAUUAGAGGGCUCGUGACAUCUUCUUCAGCCGGUGAGAAUUAAAAGAGAGAGAGAGAGAGAGAGAGAGAGAGAGAGAGAGAGAGAGAGAGAGAGAGAGAGAAAAAGAUCGCGAUUACGUCUCGCUCUUUUAGCAGAGCAAGCCAUCCGCGAGCACUUUGUCAUACACACCGCCGGACGCGGAAUUAAUCGGCGUGGGUGGGUGUUUUAGAGAAACGCGGCGUCGGCGGCGGCGGCGGUGGCGGAAAAAAAAGGGGAACGUGAGAAAGCCGAGAGCGCGCCGCUUCUUCAUUUCACGCUUAGACGAGCUCUACGGUCCAAAUACUUCCGUUCGCGUUCGUUUCUUUCCGUCCUGUAGCCGUUUUCCUUCCUCCCUCGCUUUUCUGGGCGUCCUCUCACCGACGCCCCUUCCGUUGUCUCUCCUACGCUGAAAAACGCGACGACGCAAUAAAGGGCAGAGGAUAUAGUGAGUCCGGGAAACAACACAUCUUCGACGCCGAUCGCGCGAAACGAGACGAGAGAAACACACGUGCAUACGUAGACAUACAUGCGAAGGAAAAUGAAAAAAAAAUGAAUUUCUGAAAGUAAGAGAGAAGAACGCCGCGCGACGCUCUCACGCGUCCGGGCAUAUAAUAUGUAUAACAGACGAGUGAUGAUGGUGUAGGUUGAAUUUAAAGUGCUUUAAAAAAUGAACUAACUCAUAUCAGUAGGCUUAGUGAACGCUAUAUAUUAUUAUUGAAAUGAAUAAGUAUAUACAUAGAGGUUAAUCGUAAGGGAAAAUAAUUUAGAGCGGCUAUUCGCGCGUAAGUUUUACUAUUUAAUAAAACAACAAAAACAAGCAGACAUAGAGGUUAUUUACACGAUAUACGUUUCUUUUUUCGUACCUGAUUGCGUUUACAUUGUGCGCGUCCUUUUAUGCGCGCGCGCGCGCGCUCGCGCCCUUAUAUAUAAUAUAUCGUCUCUGAUAUACUGCUAUACAUUAUAUACAUGUAUAUGUGUCCCAAUCAUGCAUAUGUGCAUAUGUAUAUGAUUUGUUACAUACAUAUAUUCUUAUACUUUUUAAGAGCGGUGAGGCGGAGAAGGGCGACACGGAUAAGGUUUUAAUGAAUUUCUGAUACGAGCUGUAUGGAGUUUUUGAUUUCGGCUUUACAUUAAUUUCAAACUUCAAGCUUGAUCAACGCGCGUUCUUGUUAUUAUUACUUAAUUAAUUAUCAAUUUAAUUUAUCGAUAAAAAUUGUCGCUUUUGCGUGCAGCUGCAAUGAACUUGCGGUGAGUUUCGGUCGAAUUUUAAAAGUUCACUGUAGACGCGAUGUACCUCGUUUCGACGUUUCAUUUAUUUCAAGACGGAUAGUGUCGAGUAAAAAGCCGAACGCGUACGUACUAUAUAGACGUCCGUGGGUGAAUUCUAGCAGAGGGUCGGGCUCCGCACCGCGAGCUCGAGCUUUUCGCGGUCCACUGCACUAUUGUAUUCCUCCGUGAAAGAUGCAGAGAUGGAAAAUGAAUAAUAACGAAACAAUGUAAACGUAAUCGUCAAUAGAUGAAAGUAUAAUAGAACAUAAGCUGUGUCGCAUAACAGGAUUAAACGAGAAAACGAGUAAAUAAAGUGAAAAAGAUGAAAAAAACAACAACUACUAUAUUAUAGUAUAUAAAAUAAAUGUACGGAAGCAACCACCACAAAGGUUUACAUGUCAAUCAGCUAUUUUAUACCGUGUCAAUCUAGGAGUACAUAAAGUCGUUCUAAAGGAUAAACAACCCCGUUUCUUUUUUUUUCUUCUCACUAUAUUAUACUGCAACAAGUUCUCGUUUGCGUCGCGAGUCCGUACAACUAAUACAGGGGAAAAUAAAUUACGGCACACGCGCUACUGCGGCCGCGAGCCCUCGUCGAGCACAUUUCUCGCCACAACGAUUUUUCAAGCUAAACUUAACGAGACGACGAAAUUUUCGAGCAUCUUCACAGAUCGAGGCUCGCGGUCGCAUGCACGCCCGCGCACGAAUUUUUAUCACCGUACGCAUCGGCGGAGGUACGAAACCUCUCUCACACACCCACACAAAGACAAACACACAAAUGCACACGAACGCGAGCGCGACGUAGCUGUGCGUAAUCUAUAUGAAGUAUUGAAAGUAUAAAAAAAUGAAGAAACUGUCCGUGACGCGCGUACGUUUGAGUGCGACGAGCUUACGAGGUUAAACCGAGAAAGUAUAACGCGUUGAAAGUGUAUAAUGUUAUAAUCGUGUGUGUGUGUGUGUGCGUAGUUGUGAUUGCGCGAACGAAUUCUUUUUGUACAGCUCUUUUUCGAGAGGGCGAGAUGUAAGCUGGUGUACGAGUAUGACCGUGAGGGGAGGGAAAUUUUGAUGCGGGAAUCACCAAAGACGUCGAUCCAAAGACAAAGUAAAAAAAAAAAAUUACAAAAAAAAAGGAGUAACGAAAUGUAAUGCGAGAGAAUGAGAGGACCUCACGUUGUAUCGAUAGUAUCGCCAGCUGUGAAAUGAAGAUUUAUCAUUUUAAGGAUGAUCGAGUGAAAAAGAGUUCGCGCGUAGAUUUUAAGUCAAUGGCAUUGCGAGAUGAUGUGGAUGAAAGUAAUUUGCGAGAUUAUAAUCGCGUCGAUGUGAUAAAGUCAAUAUUCGCGGACGAGAGCUGAGAGAAAGAGAGAAAGCCGAUAGCGAGAGGUUGCGGCGAUUCGCGGCGAUAUUUCCGAGGCGCUUAUUUUCAAGUAUAUACCGUUAGCUUUUAACCCACAAACGAAUACUAACUUUUGUAUGGCGUUUUUUAAGUGUGUUUAUUGGCGAGGGUGCUGCUUAUAUAUUGCCCUGCGACGAAAGUAUUGAUACAUAUCAUUGGGGGGAUGAGGGGAGAAGAAAAAAAUUUCUAGUGCUACUGCGCGUACACAGGUGACUUAUCUAAUGAAAGUAUAAAAACAAGACAAAGUAUAAGUAAUAUUCAAAGCGUCAAUUUAAUGAAAAACUCAUUGUGUAAUUUAUAUAGAGAUAAGAGCCUCGAAAAUGGACGGGAAAUCCGCGUUAUAUUAGAUCAUUGAUUUUUGUUAACGUAUAUAUAUUUACAGAAAAAUCUAUUAGACGAAUUCAAUUAAUGCGUUGCGACUGUGGGAGCUUAGCGAUAAUUUUUCGAUAAUUAAUGAGAAUAAGUAAUAAGAAAAGAAUUUUAAAAGAAUGUGAAAAUCGUUUUAAUCGACUGUUAUGAUUAUUAUUGUAAUCUUACGUGCAACAUGUUAAAAAUCGGCGUUCAAAAACGCCGAGGCGAGCACCCCUUUCGCGCGUUGAAUUAGACGAAAAAAAAGAAAAUCAGAGAAUCGGUUUUCGAGAGAGAAAAAAAUCUCGUUCGCUAUUGAUCGAGCUGAAAGCUUAAGAAUAUUAUACAAUUCCUUUAUGCGACUGUUGUGAGACGUUUUCAGUGGUUUGUUUGCUUGUGUUUUCAAAGUAGAGAUGGAAGUGUUCUCUAGCGUGUAACGAUUAAACUAUACAAAUAAUAAAGUAACUAAAUGAAUAAUUAAAGGGUCGUGAGAAAAAAGUGAAAAAAAAAGAAAAAAAAAUAGGCGCGUCUCGUUCGUGUGUGUAACGUGCCUAUAUAUAAAUAUACGUGCGUCGCGAGCGUCGCUGUAUAUAACGUACACGACAAAGUGAGUCCGCAGGCGAUGUGUGUCAGGGACGAGACGAGAAAUGUCGCAUACACUAUACAGCCGCGUUCUCUUCCCGCCGCGCGAAAAGACACAACGCACCGCAUCGGCCGAUUCGUUCUCCGGGCGCGGCUUUUCGCGUACACACCUAUAUACGCCGGAUGCGCCGUUUCCGGGUAGGUUGGCCGGCUCGCGCGCAGAGCUCGUUUUUCUGUCCGCCUUUUUUGCCCGUCCGCGUGCCGGUCGUUUGUAUUCUCUCGAUCGCGCCGGACAAUGCCGCUCUCAUGACGGCUCAUACUAAUUGCGUGCUCUCGGCAUUAAUAAACGGAAAUCGGAAAAGCGGCGAUUUCGGAGAACGACGACUGCGGGACUGGAGAACGCGACGUUUUUGCGGUGAAAAAAAAAGAAGAAAGGGGGUUAGUAAAAGUAAUAAGUAUAGUUGCAGCUUUCUGUGUGAGGUUAUUGUGAUACUUAAGAAUAAAACAAGCAGUUCUGCAAUAGCAUAAUCUCGGCGUCAGGGCGACGCUUUAGGACAUGAAUAUUUACAUAGAAUUACUAUAUGACUAUAUCUGAAUAAACGAUGAAAUAUUUAUUAAUGUCGUAAACGAAGAAAAGGGGGUUGAAAGGGUCGAGAGACUGGCUGGCGAGGAGGGUGUACGGUGAGAUGGAUGGAGAACAAUGACGACGGGGCUGAAGGGUUGGGGCCGCCGCACGUGACCCGCGCGCUCGCUGAUCAAUGGCUCGCUGUCCCUCAAUGCUAAUUAACACGCAGCCCCGUCGUUUCGCGGAGACGAGUAUACGCGCGCCUCCAGCAACGGCUCUACCGCGGCUACACGUUUCGAGGCAGUCAAUUCGCAGUCUUCGAAUCCGAAGAUCGUCUUGGUUCUCCGUGGAAGAACCGUUGCUGGAGACGCUCCGCGAACAGCGCUGUAGGAUGUGAGUAGCUGAUGAAAAGCGAUGAAAAAUAGAAAAAGAAAAAAAAUACGUUGAAGAGACAAUCCGAGACUUCGUCGAUGACAUGCGCGCUUUCAAACUGCCGGAGUAUAGCGAGGGACGAGUAUGUAACGCGCGCUCGAAUUUGUAAUCUCGAGAGCUGAAAGCGUAGGUAAUUAAAAUACACACACAAGUAUCGAACCGCGAUGUUCAAUUAGAAACCAAAUAAAAAGACCGGGGAUAUUAAAGCGGAGAGACGUGUAAAGGCGCAUAUUUUUCGAGCUCGAUGAAGAUGAAGAA